ACCGGUGUUUACAGCGAAGCAACACGUGAGACCGCCAAAAGUGGCGUCAGUGUUUUCCGACCCCUCGCAAAACCGACAUCGGCGACGUUCGCGGUUCCAACGGAAAGAGUUUGAACGUCCGCGAAUCCGCGCCGCCGAUUGGCCGCCGGCGGUCUGGGUCGAUCGGUGGUGGGGGACGCCGGGUCGCUGCGAGGCUCGCAGUACCGCUCCGAAUGUCACGGCGGAAGGGUCGCCGUUUCAUCCCCGUCGGCGCGUCCCUAUCGCUCGUACCGCGUCACCUUGAAAUGUUUUCCGCGAACCGAGCAUACAGUGAACGAUAACAAUCGCCGUCCUCUGCUUGAACGCAUCGUUGAGAACCAAGUUUCCUCGUGGUAUUUAAAUAAACGAGUUAAUAAACGUAGUAAUAAACAACCGCUCACGUUGCGCGAGAAAGAAGUUGAGAAAGAAGUUCCGAAACUCGUUGCUCGUUGAAACGGAACGAAGCAAACGGACUUUUGUGAACGGUUUCUGUGAUAAGGGUCCGUAACCACCGGUUACUCGAGCGGAUACCACUCGUGCUAUACCGCGGACCUGGCUGCUUCCCACCGGAGGAAUAUUGGUCUGGCAACUUUGAGGAUCGUCGUCGGGAGACCUCGGAUAGCGCACCUGAAAGAAAAUGAGAAGACAAUCGAACAGCUCGGGUCUGAACGCAGGAAGUGCAGGUGGCGAGCCACAGAUCAUCGUCGAGGAAAGCACACUGGGAGAAGAGGAAGCGGACCGGCGUAGAAACGACUCACCUCCACGAUGUCUCGAUCCAGAUUCCCCAUCCUUGAAUCCUUAUCUACUGUCCCCAUGGAGGGAAACCAGGAAGCACUCUUUGCCGACUCCGCAAUGUACUUCCGGGAUCACCGCGUCUCAGGUCAGGCGACUGAGCGAACGUGGCGGAGAAGGAUCUGGACCGUCGCCAAAGGAGGCUGCUUUUCUGGCAACGCUCUCUCAGGCACCAGCCCCUCAGCCUGGCGGCCGAAGGCAUUCCGUUGUAACAAUUUCCAAAGUCCCACCGACACUAUUUGGCCGUAAUCGUCGCGAGUCCAUCGCAGCCUUUCCGCUGGGAGGCGCCACCAGGAUAUUACCCGGCCGUCGUGACUCCAAGUCUGGAAUUUCGGGGCCACCGAGUAACAGUGGAAGCACGCAUAAUCUCCAGCUGGACAUUAUGGACAACAUCGCUGAAAUCAAAGCGAGAAAGGUGUUAGGCACGGCAAUAGAAAAAAUUUUGACCGCACAGAGAGGGAGCGACGCGGAGGCAUCCGGAUCGACUGGGAAACCUUCGGUAUCGCCGAACAAACAGAGAUCCAACAAAGUAGCGAAUUGGUUCGCGGGCAACAACAAAGAACAAGAGCAAACCGAAUCUUGCGAGCAAUCAAUUUGUUCCUCCUUGAAAGACCUCUUCGUUAAGUAGUGUGCAAGCACGAACGUGGGCUCGUUCGAUUGGUCAACGCUUCUUCGUUUGAGGUUUUAUUCAGAAAUUAAUGCGACCUAAUAGCUGAUCUACAAAGGACUGAAAACUCCAAUUAAUAGUCAAAGACAGCGUUGUAGGCAUCUUUUACGCUAAUUCCAAGUGGCUGCAUUCCACUGACUGCAUUUCAUACGAUCGCUACAUACAGGGUGUUCCGCCUAACUCUUGUAUCUUAAAUAUUUUCCCGUGUUUUUUUAUGAUAGAACAGAACGUAGAAGGAAACCUUUUUUCAACGGGAUGAAGUAUUUUUAUUAUUGUAAUAUUGUAGCUGACGAAAAAACAAAUUCAAAUAUGUAUAAUGUGUUGAUCUUCAGACGACCUUGUGAGGAGUUAUUCUUAUAAAAUCAUACUCCAAUGUACACAGUCAACAUAUUACACGGGUUUGAAUUUGUUUUUGCAUCAGCUACAAUAUCACAAUAAUAAAACUACCUAAUACCAUUUAAAAUAACCCCAGUGACCUUGAAAUCUCAGAAAAUAUAACCUAAAAACAAUCUUUUUGUUUAUCUUAGUAUGCUCCCCUUCAAAUUAAACAAUGUUUUCCUUUAAGAUUUUUUUGUAUCACAAAAAGCACGCGAAACAUUUCAGGUAAAAGUCUAAUUGAUAUUAUAACAUCCUCAACAAUAAAUCCUCUCAAGGUUAUCCGAAGGUUAACAUAUUAUACAUGCUUGAUAUUGUCUUUUUAUCAGCGAUUCAAAAAAUAUCGAAUACAGAUGCCUACAAUACUGUUCUCGACUAUAGUUAUGAGCUCCAUCAACGGAACAACAGACCUUGUAAUUUGCAACACCUUUUUAUAAUACUUUUAUAAUUAGAUAUCCUUUCGAUAUUUUUCUAAUUGUUUGUUAUUUCAUCUACAUUUUUGAUUAUUCACAGUAUACUGUGUUAUAACUUAAGUUAUAACCUAAUGCAGAAAAAUUAUAGAAGAUUUUAACUUCAAUCAUGAUAUGUAUAUCAUUUCAUUUGUAUUAACUUUUGUUUAACUUUUCAUAUUAAUAUUUGCAAUCGACUUAUGUCGCGAGACUAAGAUGUUAUUCUUACUUAUUAUAAUGUGUUUGUAAAGAAUUUUUGAAAGAUAUUUCAAAAAUAGUUCCUGGGAUCCUUUCUGAUUUUACGGAAACUUAGUAAUGAAGAUUUUUCAAAAUAAUAGUAAUAAAUGGAACAAGUCAUUCAAUAGAUUAUGUCAGUGUUUCUCAAGCUGUGAUUCACAGUUUCCUGGGAAUGUAAAUUAGGUUCCGAGUUAUACCUAAAUAUCAAUCUUGAUUUUAGAGAAACAGCAUCCUUCAUUGCAUUAAAUUUAAAUUUGUCGAAUUUGGUUUAUGCAAAUUUAUUAACAUUACUUAAUUCUUACAACUAUUUGCCACUUUGCAUUUUCCUUCUGUUCAAACUAAAAUUUUAUUAUAUUUCUCAUUUGCAAUUAAAUAGUUUUACCUAAAAUCGAUCAAAAGCAAUUAAAUUAUUAAUACAUACUGUUAAAGUAGCAUAAAUAAUAAUCAAAUAAAUUGCAAGAAUUAGUAAACAACGUAAAAAAAAUGUUAAACUAUAAAUACAUUUGUUUUACAAAGAGUUUUAAAAUAUAUUACAAGGAUAAUUCUAUUUUAUGAUUUCCACUAAAAAUUAAGUUUGAGAAACACUGUCUUAUACUAUAUACAAUAAUUACAUUGUAUUUUUUAUUUCAUUAUUUUAUUACGUCACAUUUUUGCAUAAAUACAACUCUAAGAAUAAAAGGAAUGUAAAUCGAAGAAGUUAAAAGAUUGUAUUAUCUCUACAUUUUUGUUUUGACGAGUCGCAUACCUCCAGCAGGUCACUAAAAUAUUCGAGCCUUUGCAAUCAAAUAUUUUAAGGGACAAGACAGAUAACUUAAGCUAAAUAUUUAAAAAUAUUUUUAUGACCACUGCAAAGCACAGCUACAAAGAUUAUUUUUGCAAAAUCCAGAGAAGAUCUGAUAAGAUACGUAGGUACCAAUUAUUUUUAUUUUUAGAGUAUAAUGUAUUUUACAUUGAUAUAUAUAGUAUGGAAUAGUGUUAAAAGUGGUCUAACUAUAUAUUUUUAUGUAAUAGCGUAAUGAUAAUAGUUUUCUGUUGUAGCCUUUUUUAUAUCGAGAAACUAUAUUCUUACAUUACAGUUUUUGACUGCAAACAUUCAAAUAUUUUUGUGACACACUUUAUAUCUAAUCGAACAUUUUUUAAAUUUUGUAUCCAUACAAACAAAAUCGAAAGGUUUUCACUUACAAACAUGUAUAAAGAAAAGAAUUUAUAAUUGUUAAUCAUUAUUAGUAUUUUUACAUAGGGCAGUAGGAAAGUUUUGUUGUAUAGCUGUACUGAUUAUAAUUUUUCAAGACAUGUUCUGUUACACUUUAAACAAGUCAUUGAUUAUGGUUUUCUUACUUUCUCUUGGGUACUGCGAUACAUACUGGCCAAAAAUAUUUGAAAUUUGUUAACCGACUUCGAAAAGGAGCAGGUUAUUUAAUUCAACAUGUACAUUUUUAAUAAUAAAAUGAUCAUUCAUUUGUAUUGGCAUACAGGAAAACUUUCCUGGAACACUAUACUGCGUAUAUGAGGUAUCGUUAUUGAACAAUCAAUUUAAAAAGGGGGAACAAAUGUCACAAUCAAACUGGAUUUCAACUAAUAUGUAGUUUCAGUAAAAUCAGAAUUAGAUAAAAUGUUGUGCAACUGAAAAAUUAGAUAUCAACCCUCAAACAGACCCUUCUUAGAUUUGGACAGUUUGGUGAAUGUAGCUUUUACUACAUAAAUGUGAAAAAAACACCCGUACAAUCUCUAUGCUUACCACAGAGUAUCCAAUUUCCAAAAUAAAACAUUGAAACUGGACUCCCCGAUUUCGAAGUAUAACUAAAUAAUGUCGUACAAUAAAUGUUAUAUGGUGUUCUGUUAAAAAGAUUCGCUUCCUUAUGGGAAAACAAGUCAGAUCUAAAUGGGAAUAUUGUUGAACGAACUGAACAUUUCAGAAACAAAAUAUGUCAAUCAUAAUAUUAUGCCCCAUAUGAAAGGUAUAAUUUAAAAAAGGGCUAAUUGUAAUGUGAAACAAAUAAACCAUAACCUCUAAUCACGAGUGUAUGUCUUUUAAACUGUAGAUAACAAAUUAUUCAUAAAAAAUAUGGAUGCUCAAGGCUGGACUCCAUUUUACACAUAAUUGUAUUUGUACAAUUGUAUUGUAUUUUUGUAUUUUUUAAACCACUCGAGGUACAAUAGUAUAACGAGAAGCAUUAUUUAAUUAGUAAUGUGUUCUUUAUAGGAAAGAUUUCGUUUAUAAGGAAUAAAAUAAAAUGACUGAAUAGUCUGGCUCAAUAUACAAAGAUAUAAGCAAUGACAUAACUUGAAAAUUUGCUCUAAUUAAUAUUAGUUAAUUCGUAAUGAUAACAUUUCUUACAUUAAAUUUUACUUAAUUUUACUAAUUACUAAAUUUACUUAAUCAAAUAAUAUUAGUUAAUUUGGAAUGAUGAUAACAUUUCUUGCAUUAAAUUUUACUUAAUUAAUAUAUCAUAACCAUGACUAUGAAUCAAUUAAUACAAUUCUCGUGAUUAGAGAGUGACAAUCCAUCGUGAUUAAAUCCGUCAAUAUAAUGGGCUUUCUCGUAAUUUCACAUGCAUACAAAUUAGAUUACUUUACAUUGAUAAUAUUCCUAUUGUACCAAAACAAUACUCAAACAACAUUAUCAAGAAAAAAUAUAAUGUGUGUAUUUAUUUGCCUUUGCUGGUCGAAGGGUUAUCAAAUAAUUGUAAUAUAUUGUGUGUGUAUAAAAAUUGACGUAUACUUUUAAUAAUGACGCGCUGAUUUAAUUUGUAUAGUAAAUUAUAGUAAAAUAUUGUGUAGAAUUACCAGAAUGUAAGCAACGUCUGUGUUUUGUCGAAUGAUCAUUGUUGAAAUACCCUUAGAAUAUCCAACAAAAUGAAUAAGUGCAAAUAAUUAUGGCAAUUAUUAUACGAAUGUUGAAAAGGAAAAUGAAUUUACUAAAUAUACAUGUUUCAUUAAAUAUGACUGUUAAGUACAUGUGUUGUUACUUGUACGAACUAACGUUAAUAUAAUCCUGAUAUUGUAUUUAUGGUUUUACUUUUCGCAAAAUGAAUAAAAUCUACAAAGAU